AUGAAAUGCUGGCUGCUGACUCUUAUUGUGGUUUUGGUCCUGUUCCAGAUGUUCCCAGUCCACAGGAGCCAAAAAUCUUGCUGGGUCAUAAAAGGACACUGCAGGAAAAACUGCAGAUCUGGUGAACAGGUGAAGAAGCCAUGUAAACAUGGUAACUAUUGCUGUGUUCCCAGCAAGACAGAUUCUCAACUGCACAGACCCACCAAGGAGACCCCACCCAUGGUGCUGAUGAUUUCGUAG